AUGAGUGGUAUGGGUCUAUCUAAUUCCAAAUUCCUUAUUGUCGCUUUGGCUUUUGUGGCUUGUGCCUAUGCUGAUGUUUCCGAAUUGGGUUACAAUUAUCAACAACCAGCUCCCGCUCCAGUGCAACCUGAGAAAACAUAUAUCCCACCUGCACCAGUAGCACCCGAGCCAGCUCCAGUUGCCCCUGUUAACACUUAUAUCCCACCAGCACCUGUUGCCCCUGAACCAGUCCCAGUUGCUCCCGUUGUGCAGCCUACAAAUACUUACAUUCCCCCUGCACCCGUUGCCCCUGUUGAAGAAAUUGAGCAGACUCCCGUUGAUGGUUAUCGUUACAAGACUGUUCGUCGUGUUGUCUACAGACAUCGUGCCUAA